AUGGAUUCCAGCGAGAUCUGGAACUCAGUGCCACAUGCGACCCAGAAUAAGAAUCGCCCUAAUGAAGUGGUUUUAAGCACCGUCAGGGAGGAAGUUUUACCCUCUCCAACUGACCUCGAAAUGAGCAAUAUACCUAGGACUCUGUCAGCCACAGUUGAGGGGGAUCAUACUAAGCCGACAACUCUCGUUUCCGUUGCCCAAGAUGUAUUCCGAUGGCUACAAGAAACAUUCCCCACCGCUACAACUGUAUUAGUACAUCUACCCUUCGCACUCAUUCCCUUUGCCUUCUGCAUGUUUAUCCUUGUGCAGGCACUUGUCACGAAAGGAUGGGUUCCUGUGUUUGCCUAUGGCUGGGACCAUUGGGUAGGAAAUACUGGUACGGUGGGAGCAAUUGGAGGAAUGGGGUUUAUCUCGGUGAUUCUAUGCAACUUUGCCGGGACAAAUAUCGGGACCACGAUUCUUCUUUCGCGGGUCAUACAGGCAUGGGAAGAGAUCCAUCGACAGCCCAAUGCUAGUUCAAUAAGUGACCGCACAUUCUGGGCAACGGUUUACGCGAUGGCGCUGGGCGUGAAUUAUGGUGCUUUCAGCACUUCUUUCAGCGCCUCCCUGGCUGGGCUUCUCUGGAGAGACAUUCUCUUCAGGAAACAUAUUCGUGUUCGGAGCCUGGAUUUUGCGCGUGUUAACCUUCCUAUCAUUGCCAUCGCCAUGAUUGUUGGCUGCACUGUUCUAGUUGCGGAGGUUAAUAUUAUCAGGACUAAUGGGCCCUACGAUGCAUGA